AAAGGCAGUAUAAGCGUGGUGUGAAAAAUGGACCAAUCUUGAUAUUGUCCCAACAAACUGAUUGGUUAAGUUGUUUAAGACAGCCAAUGAAGGAGAAGACAGACUCUUACGUAAUCAGUCAGUACAUGUCCUGUCUGCAUUAAUCACACAUAUCAUGUCUUGGUCAUGUAGAUUUUGUAUUGUACUGUUAUAUGGAGGCUACUUUGGUGGUUGUGGUAAAACAUUCAGUUGACUGAUUGUUUCUCUGACAAUGUCUUGUUAGUUUAAUCAACAAAGUUAGUUGAACAAAACUAAUUAUUUAUCUAGCGUAUGAGCAUAAACAACAUUGCUAGUGUUUAAUCCAUAACUAUAGUAUAUGAGUUUUCACUUAACAAGUCAUACAAAGAGAGAUCUCAGAACAGGGUGGGUACAAGUAAGAAUAAAUGAAUUGUCUUGUAAGCAUGAAUUGAUAUGAUACUGAGUAGUAAUGUUUUGUGUACCAACAAACUUUCAAAAGCAUGAUUGAGGAGUUGAAAUCAUCAUCAUUAUGUAUACAAACAAAAACAAUAAAUAUUGACCAGCUAUAUCUUUGCUUCCACAUUUACAUCAUGAUUUUUUGAAGAUUUUUUUAUUUUAUUAUAUUCUAACUAAUAUUUUGUUAGAAUCAUUUGCAUUCACAAACAGGAGUUGAAAAAGAAGAAACUGAAAGCAACAAUGAGAGGGGAGUGAUUAGUAUUAUGAUGCAACAAUGAGAGGGGAGUGAUUAGUGUUAUGAUUAACAAAUGAAUAUGACUUUGCCUCUUUUCAGUGCCCAAUUUCUUGAGAUUCUGGCUGUUCUGCACCCAAAUAUUAAAAAAUUAACUUCUUUAUAAUAUAAAAAGUAAAAGACAUAAAUAUUUAUUAAGAAAGACGCAAAUUGAUCCACUUUUCCCAAACCCGGAUAUUAUCUGUCCAUUGAUUUAUAAGAAUUUUCCACUUCCAAGGAGAGAUUUGCAUCAAAGCAAGGAACAACUUCUCCAAUGGGGGCAGAGAAGCAGAGCUCAAAGGGACAAGCAUGGUUUUGUACCACUGGCUUAUCUAGUGACAUGGAAAUAGAAGUGGAUGAUAUGACAUAUCAUCUCAAUAAGUUCCUUCUAAUGUCUAAAAGCAGAAAACUUCACCAGCUCAUUACAGAGCAAGGACAGAGUGAUGAGAAGAAGAAGAAACGCCAUGAAGAAGAUGGAGACGGUUAUACCCUUCACAUAAAGCUUGAGAAUUUCCCCGGAGGUCCAGAGAUUUUCGAGAUGGUUGUAAAGGUAUGCUACGGCGUCAAAGUCAACCUCUCUGCUUCCACAGCCGUUCUACUCCGCUGCGCCGCCGAGGAGCUAGAAAUGACGGAAGAGUACUCACCGGACAAUCUAAUUCUGAAGACGGAGAACUUUCUUUCACACUCUGUCUUGAGUAACACACAAGAAACCAUUGCAGCCCUAAAAGCGUGCGAACCAGUCACUUCUCUAGCGGAAUCAAUCGGUAUAACGAAACAGUGCAUAGACUCCAUCGUCUCCAUAGCUUCUUCAUCAGCCGAUCCUUCGCUGUUCGGCUGGCCAAUGAACAACUCGACGAAACAACAUAGCAAGGUUUUGUCCGAAGAUCUGUUGGAACUGAGCUUCCCGAUCUUCAAACGUGUAGUACAAGCAAUGAAAGCCAAAGAUCUGAGUGACAACAUAGUAGAGAUCUCUCUGAUUCGCUACGCCAAGAAACACAUUCCGUUAAUCACGUCAAGGUCAUCAUCUUCAUCAACCAUAGCGUCAGAGAACCAACAGAGAGAGUUACUGGAGACGAUCAUCUCUUAUCUUCCGGUACAUAACUCCUCCGCAACCUCAACGACUAGGUCUCUCUUCGGCCUUUUACGAUCAGCCAUCAUCCUCAACACCUCCGAGAAAUGCCGCACCGUUCUUGAGAAGAAGAUCGGUUCGCAUUUGGAGAAAGCGACGCUUGACGAUCUGCUCAUCCCAAGUUACUCGUACCUCAACGAAACGUUAUACGAUAUUGACCUCGUGGAGAGACUCAUCCGCCACUUUCUACAAAACGACGCCGUAUCAUUUUUAUCAUCUCCGUCGUUGACUGUGGUUGGGAAACUCAUCGACGGAGCUCUUUGUGAAAUCGCAUCGGACGCUAAUCUCAAACCGGAAAGAUUCUACAGUUUAGCGGUUUCGCUACCAGAUGAAGCAAGGCUAUACGAUGACGGACUCUACAGAGCCAUCGAUAUAUAUCUCAAGUCGCAUCCAAGGAUAUUGGAGGCAGAGAGGGAGAAGAUAUGUAGUGUGAUGGACUUUCAAAAGCUGACUAUAGAAGGUUGCACACACGCAGCGCAAAACGAGCGUCUGCCACUACGAGCCGUGGUAAAAGUCUUGUUCUUGGAGCAACUUCAGCUACGGACGUUAGUAACGGCAGUGACGGAACAAGACGGUGGUGAAACGGCUGGAGAGGCAAAGGUGGACUUUGGGGUAUGGGAGAAAGUGGUGAAGGAGAAUGAGGUGCUUCGCUUGGAUAUGGAUGCGAUGAGGACGCGUUUGUACCAUCUAGAAAGCGAAUAUUUAAACUUGAAGGAAGUGAUCGCAAAGAUUGAUAAGGAACGUUUGUAUGUGGCGAAUGCUAGGCCGCGAAAGUGGUCCAUCAGCAACAAGUUCGGAUGCAAAUUCAAGACACAGGUCUGUGAUUCGCAUGAAGCAAAGAUGGUCGAUGGAAGAUGUCAACGACGCUAAUAGUAGUACUAUACAUAGAUCAGAACAUCUUGUACUUAUUGAAUUUUAUUUUUUGUUUUUGAUAAUGUAAAAGGUUGAAAACUUUAUAUUAUAGUGUUUAACGAAUAUGAAUCUUUCUUAUAGUAAUUUA